AUGGAGGAGGGUCAAUGUUUGAUGUGGACUAAUAAGAGGAAGUACUCUGUGAGCUCUAAUCUUACUUCACCAACUAGUUACCCUUCAUCUUAUGAUGAUGACUCAUGGGAAGAACAAGCUUUUGCAAAAGAUGCAUCUGGGUCUGGUUGCACAUGGCCACCAAGAUCAUAUUCUUGUAGCUUUUGCAGAAGAGAGUUCAGGUCAGCACAGGCUUUAGGUGGCCAUAUGAAUGUUCAUAGAAGGGAUAGAGCAAGAUUAAAACAACCAUCUAGCCCCCAAAAUGAAAUUCUUAGUCAUGAUCUUGAAACUCACCCCCACAAUGUUCCAGUUCAAAAUUCUUUUACCUCUUUGGGUUUACCAUCCCCAUCUUCUCUUAGUGGAUUGGUUUAUAAUACUAACCCUAAUAUUUCUGAUCCUUCUCAUGUUCUUUCUUCAACUUCUAAGAAGAAUUGCAAAGAGAAAACCCUGAUUCCACUUUAUAAUUCUUCUAUUUUACAUGAGAAUUCCCCUGCAAAUUCCUCUAAAUCCUGGUCAAAUUCAGCUGAAGAGUGCAGAUUAUAUUCACAUAAGUUCAACCCUGAAGCUGGUGUUGAGAAAGUUUCAAAAGAAUUGGAUUCUGGGAGUAAGGGGGAUAAUGAUAAACUUGACAUGGCUGUGAGCUUGAACUUGUUUGUGUGUCGAGCUCACCCACCUGUGCAGUUUGAGACUAAAGAGGAAGAUACAUGUUUCAAGAAGAGGAAAAUAGAUGCUUCAUCUCUUCCAUUCUUUUCAAAAUCAAGUUCAGGUGAUAAGCAUCAUAUGCAGUCACAGAUGUGUGAAUUUGUACCUUGCUCCAUAGAAGAGCUAGAUCUGGAGCUAAGGCUUGGGUACGGGCCCAAGGUAUAG